UGCAGAUGAGAAUAACAGUUGCAAAGCAAAAAACACGGGUUGGAAGAGACGGAGCAUUUUUUGGGAUUUGCCAUAUUGGAGUACUAACAUGCUUCGCCACAACUUGGAUGUCAUGCAUAUAGAGAAAAAUGUAUUUGAAAAUAUUUUUAAUACUGUGAUGAAUGUUGAAGGGAAGACGAAGGACAAUGCAAAAUCAAGAGAAGAUUUGAAAGAGUUUUGUCACCGACCUGAGUUAGAGAGGGAUAUGGCAACAGGAAAGUAUCCUAAAGCAUGUUACACAUUAGACAAACAAUCAAAAGCAGUGUUGUGUGAAUGGCUUAAAAAUCUUAGAUUCCCAGAUGGUUAUGUGUCAAACAUGGGUAGGUGUAUAGACAUGCGAAAACUAAAGUUGUUUGGGAUGAAAAGCCAUGAUUGUCAUGUCUUUAUGCAAAGAUUACUCCCAAUAGCAUUUAGGGAAUUGCUUCCAAAAAAUGUGUGGCAAGCAUUGACCGAAUUGAGCAAUUUCUUUAGAGAGUUAACUUCAACAACACUUAGAGAAGAAGCCAUGUUACAGCUCAAUGAAGAGAUUCCUAUUAUAUUAUGUAAACUAGAGCGUAUAUUCCCUCCAAGUUUCUUUGACUCCAUGGAACAUCUCCCAGUGCAUUUGGCUUAUGAAGCAUGGAUUGCUGGUCCUGUGCAAUAUCGGUGGAUGUAUCCAUUUGAGAGGUACCUUAGGAAGUUAAAAAAUAAUGUGAAAAAUAAAGCCAAAGUGGAAGGUUCCAUAUGCAAUGCAUACUUAGUUGAAGAAGCAUCGUCAUUCUGCGCUCAUUAUUUUGAACCCCAUGUCAACACAAGGCAUCGAAAGGUUCCACGCAAUGAUGAUACAGUCGAACAUAUGGAUGAACAUCUAGGGAAUCUAUCAAUUUUCACUCAUUCCGGUAGGCCACUGGGAAAAGGAAAGGUUAGAUAUCUCACAGAACAAGAAUUUCAAGCAGCACAAAUGUACAUCUUGUUGAAUUGUAUAGAAGUAAAACCGUACAUUGAGUAAGUUUUUCUAAUAUUCAAUUAUUAUAAUUGUUGCAAUGCCAUUAUUGAUUCCAAACAUGUAA